AUGGUUCUCCUUCACCGACGUCUACCGCUCACAGAGUUGUCGGGAGCGGGCCUGGACCGCGUCAACCACCACGUCGAGUACCACUAUCUCGACGACGAACACCAAGGUGGUGGCGGCGGCAAGGAGGAGGCGUACCUCGCGCCGCGUGGGCAGGAGGUGAUCUUGACGCGACACGACGGCACCCGGUUCAACUGCACCCUGCCGCGCGUGGAGGCCUCCGCGUCGAGCGGCCAGACGCCCAACGUGCCGCGGCCCUCCGUCGUGUCCCUCCUCGCGCCGCUCAAGCACAACUGCCUCUACCGGCAGUUUCACCAGGAGGGCGACGAGAGGAUCGCCGCCUUCACGCUCGGUCUGGCGCCGCCCGAAGACCCGGACGAGGAGUCGGCACGCCGUAGGGUUGAGACGGAGGAAGGCCCUCGCGAGGUCUACAGCGAACUGCACGCCGACGGGACCAUCUGCGACAUUACGGGCAAGCCCCGGACGGUGCAACUGGACUUCUACUGCUCGCCCGAAACCCGAACCGGGAUGCUCGUUUCGCUCAAGGAGCCCUCCACGUGCAACUACCUGCUGAGCGUGGCGACGCCGCUGUUGUGUGCGCACCCCGAGUUCAAGGUCGAGGAGAAGGCCGAACAGGCCAUCAUCUGCCGCGAGCUUCCGCCUCAGGCUGAGGACGAAGACGACAGCAACGACGUUGAGCUGGAGCUGGACCCGCCCACCUGGCUCCAGAAGAACGCGGACUUAGUUGGGUGA